AUGACCACCCUCAUUCCCCGCGGGCCGUACUCCGAAGACGAGCUUGCCCAGCUCUACCCAAAGGAACUGAAGCUGCAGUUAGUGCAGGUGGUAUGUGAACGGACCCCAGUGUCAUCGCGUUUCCAGAAUGCCGGCCUCGCUCCAUACUGGUCAUACUGCAAUGUCGCUCGCCAAAUGGUCCAAAUGGCCGCAAGUAGGAAAGAUCUCAAGGCCUGGAAUGGAUUCGAAUUCCGUCGCAAGAUGGAGUCGUUCGGAGAUAGAGACCAGGCCGUAGUGACGGUCGGUCCGAGGGGCGAUAUAGAGGGUAUCUGUCAACACGGUGAAUUGACCGACAAAGGACGGGAAACCACCUUUGCCCUUGGGCAGCGUCUCCGACAUCUGUACAUCGACCAGCUGGGCUUCCUGCCCAAGAUCAAGUCCGACACCGAAGACAUGUACCUCCGUGCGACCCCCAUCCCCCGCGCGCUCGAGUCCCUCCAAGAGGCCUUCUGGGGAAUGUAUCCGCCAAAUGCGCGAACGCAGGACUUCCAGCCGCCGGUGAUCGUCGCGCGGUCCGUAUCAGACGAGACGCUGUUCCCGAACGAGGGCAACUGCCGUCGAUUCAGACAGCUCGCUCGGUUGUUUGCCGACCGAGCAGCCCAGCGAUGGAACAACACGGAAAAAAUGGAUUACAUCAACAAGAAAAUCUCCAAGUGGAUGCCUGAAGAAUCCCCCAAGGUAGCCGUCGACGCGCACCCGCGUCUCUCAGGAAUCAUGGACACGAUCAACGCCACAGACGCCCACGGGCCCGCCACCAAGCUCCCCGCCGAAUUCUACGACAAGACCGCAAGGCAAUACAUGAACGAGAUCGCCGUCGACGAAUGGUUCAGGGGCUACAACGAAAGCAACGAAUACAGAAAGCUCGGCAUCGGCGCCCUCCUGGGCGACGUCGUCGACCGCAUGGUCAGCACAGCCGUCGACGGCAGCUGGAGCAGCGCAACUUCACCAUCAGGCACCUCCAGCGAGGCGAAGCACAUCAAAAUGGCCCUCAGCGGCUGCCACGACACCACCCUCGCCGGCAUCCUCAGCAGCGUCGGCGCCUUCGACUCCAAAUGGCCGCCCUUCACCUCCUCCAUCGCCGUCGAGCUCUUCUCCCGCGCCCAAUCCACCGCACCCUCCUCUCCACCCACCCCCUCCAAGGAUACAGGCCUUUUCUCCCUCUUCUCCAACCAGCCAUCCCCCGCAGAAACAGCCCGCACACCCCUCUCCAACCUCCCGUCUUCCGCACGCACCGCCCUUCAAUCCCACUACGUCCGCAUCCGCUACAACGACGUCCCCGUGCGCAUCCCCGGCUGCGCCGCCAAGCCCGAGAACCACCUUCCCGGGAACGACACCUUCUGCACGCUCGACGCGUUCAAGGAGAUAGUGGAUAAAUUCACGCCGAAGAGCUGGACGAACGAGUGCAUGCAGAAUUUGGAUCAGGGGUUGUAUGGGGUUGACGGGCGGGAGAAGAUCCCUGCUGGGUUUUAG